AUGGCCAUGGAGAAGCCUUGGAAGUGCGGGGACUGUGGCAAGGGCUUCAACUACCCGUCGCUGCUGGAAAUCCAUCGGCGCAGCCACACCGGGGAGCGGCCGUUCACCUGCGGCGCCUGCGGGAAGGGCUUCGCCCAGUCCUCCCACCUGCUGACCCACCAGCGGGUCCACGCCGAGGAGAGGCCGCCGGCAGGCGAGGAGGGGGGCCCGGACCAGCCGCCCCAGGCCGCCCAGAGCCGGUUCCGCUGCUCCCACUGCGGCAAGGGGUUCAGGCGGUCGCAGAAUCUGGUCGAGCACGAGCGCACGCACACCGGCGAGAGGCCGUUCGUCUGCUCCGCCUGCGGCAAGGGCUUCACCCGCUCCUCGCACCUCGCCACCCACCGGCUGGUGCACACCGACCGGCGGCCCUUCCGGUGCUCCCAGUGCGAGAAGAGCUACAAGACCACCAGCGACCUGCUGAUCCACCAGCGGGUCCACAACGAGGAGCGGCCCUUCCGCUGCGCCGCCUGCGGGAAAGGGUUCACCCUGCUGUCCAGCCUGCAGAAGCACCAGCGCUCGCACACCGGCGAGCGGCCGUUCACCUGCCCGCUGUGCGGCAAGUCCUUCAUCUACCUGACCAGCCUCAGCUCGCACCAGCUCGUCCACUCGGACCGGCGGCCCUUCCGGUGCUCGGAGUGCGACAGGGGCUUCAAGACCACCAGCGACCUGCUGAGGCACCAGCGGGUGCACACCGGCGAGAAGCCCUUCGCCUGCGCCGACUGCGGCAAGCGCUUCACCCGCUCGUCCCACCUGCUGGCCCACCGGCACACCCACACCGGGGAGAGGCCCUUCGCCUGCCCGGAGUGCGGCAGAGGCUUCGCCCACUCCGCCCACCUGCUGCGGCACCGGCAGCUCCACCAGCAGGGGCCGGGGCCGGGCCUGGCCGCCCCUGCCCGUCCCGCCCAGGACUGGAUGAGAAGGAGAGGACGGACAAGCAACAACGUGACCCGGUCGCUCGGAUUUUGUCAGGAGCUGCGCAUCACUCAGCGUUUGGGUGCAGCAGUGCGGACCGCGGAGAGAGACCCCGCCAUGAAAAAACCGUGGAAGUGUGAGGACUGUGGCAAAGGCUUCCGAGCCCCGUCCGAACUGGAGGUCCAUCGGCGCAUUCACACCGGGGAGAGACCCUUCACCUGCUCCAAGUGUGGGAAGGGGUUCAUCCGGCUGGCCAACCUGCAGUCGCACGAGCGGGUUCACGCUGCCGGGCGGCGCUCGACCUGCCCCCGCUGCGGGAAGGGCUGGGAGCCGCCCGCCAAGCGGGCUUCACCGCCAAGUGCCGACGCCUGCUCUGACUGCAGGGCUGAGCUGAGCCGGCCCCCGCCUGCCCCCGUCCCUCCCCCUCCCCCUCCCCAGCGGGCUGGCGCCAAGGGGCCGCGGCCGUUCGUCUGCCGGCAGUGCGGCAAGGCCUUCACCUGCUCCUCCAACCUCUCCCGGCACCGGCACCUCCACUCCGAGCGGCGGGCGUUCCGGUGCCCCGACUGCGACCAGAGCUUCCGGCGGAGCACCGACCUGUCGCGGCACCGGCGGGCCCACACCGGCGAGCGGCCGUUCGUCUGCUCCAGCUGCGGCAAGGGCUUCGUCGACCCCGGCAACCUGAUGAAGCACGAGCAGAGCCACACCGGCGAGCGGCCCUUCCCCUGCCCACAGUGCGGCAAGCGGUUCCCCCGCUCGGCCACGCUGCUGCAGCACCGGCGCACGCACACCGGCGAGCGGCCGUUCGCCUGCGCCGAGUGCGGCCGGGCCUUCACCUGGUCGUCGCACUUGCAACGGCACCGGCGCACCCACGCCGGCGAGAGGCCGUUCGCCUGCUCCAAGUGUGCCAAACGGUUUACCCGGUCGGCCCACUUGCUGCGGCACCAGCAAGUUCACAACUGAACCCCCCCCCUCUGCCAAUUGCGCAGCUUUCCCCUCUUGAGGAUUGGCGUUCCUCGGAUUGAAACCUGACAGCUCCUGGUUUUAUAUUCACCUCCUGCGGGGACAACGUUCGCUGCUUUACCUUGGGGGAGGUGUGUUUGGGAGGGGGAAGGUCUGGACCAUUUUUUUUUUUUGUCACCCGCGGGAGGUUGGUUAUCACUGGCCAGUCUGUGUUGCCCCCCCAUCCCGAAUUGCUCCACAGGGCAGUUCAGAGCCAACUACGUUCCUGUGGGAGUCUGGACUCUCAGGUCAGCCUGGCAGUUUCCUUUCAACAGUUGGCUGUAGAUUCGUGGUCAUUUUUAUCGAACUCAAAUGUCACGGCGGGAUUUGAACCUGGGUCCUCAGAAUAUCGCUGGGGUCUCUCAAUUACACUGGCACCAUCCCCCCACCUUUUUCCUCCGCUACAUCGAUGGCUGUAUCGGCUGAACAGUUCAUCAACUUCGCUUACGCUUUUUAUCCCCAUGUCAAAUUUACCUGGACCACCUUGGACACUUCCCUCCCCUUCCUGGACCUCUCCAUCUCCACCUCCGGUAACCGACCAACCAAGGACAUCUCCUACAAACCCACCGACUCCCACAGCUACCUGGACUGCACCUCCUCCCACCCCCGCCCCCUGUAAUGCAACAAGGGCAGAACCCCCUCAGUCCUCCCCUUGUACCCUAGCAACCUCCAUGUACAUAGCAUCAGCCUCCUCCACCAUUAGGGGAUAUAUUUCCCUCCCCACCACUAUCAGCGUUUCGGAGAGACCAUUCCCUCUGC